GGAUGGGAGGAAGUGGAAGUCGUGAGACAGGUGCACUCACCAACCUUGGCGAGGACGGCCGAAAAAAUGGAGAUAUACAGGAGCAAACUUAAAGACGGAUGCAUUAAUGCUAGGGAUGCGGAAGGUCUUCCCUCGGCUUGGAAAUUUGCCGUUAAGAAGCUUACAAGUAGCGCAUCAACUGAAAUAUGAUAUUUGUUUGAUUUAAAGGAAACUUAUUAUUAAUGUUUGGUCGUCGUAGUAUAUUAUUUAUUAUUUGGUAUCGUUUACAAUUUAUUAUUUAUUUUUAUUAAUUGAUAUAUUAUCAGUUUAUGGAUAUUUUUGAAUUUUUGAACAUAUUGUUCCAUCUAUGUUGUAUUCCUUUUUAGUAUAUUCUAUCCUGAUGAUGAUCCGUUAAGUGGAUCGAAAGCGUUCGAUUUUAAUAAAACUCCCUCAGCAAGCAAUAAGGUGGUGGUCACAUUAUUUCAAAAAUAUAUAUUUUAUUAUCUGAAAUUCGUCAGUUUUAAGAAAAACAUGAUUGACUUUGUGAUUGUUGUGGAUGAUUCUUUAGCAUGGCAUUCUGAAAACUUAAUUAAAAACAGAGCAGAUUAUUCAUUUUUAAAAUAUGGAUCGGCAAAAUUAAUAAAAUACGUUCAAGAAAAUUAUGGAGCAAAUAUGUAUUUUAAUACUUUAAUACCAACUCAAGAUAAGAUGAUUAAAUAUGGUGUAAUUAGCACCAAAGAUUUAUUACAAGAUCUUAACAUUUGGAAUACAUUGUAUGCCAGUGGACGUCUUCAUAAACCAGUGAAUUUUAUAUAUAAACCUUCAAAUCAAGAUUUAAUAGAAGCAUUGAAUACUAACUUAAAAAGUGCUAUUCAUGCUGCUCUAUUAUGUUUACCUGAAACUUUUACCAAAGAAGAAUUGUUUAUUAAAGUUUCAGAAUUAUCAUAUACAGGAGAUUUUAGAAUGUUGUUUGGAGAAGAUAAAAAUAAAGUUCAGAAUAUUGUCCAUCCUAAUCUUGAUGCAUUUUCUCAACUUUAUGAACCUGUACUGAAAUCAACGAAUAAUUUACACAUUACAUCAAAAGGAAUUGAGCAUGACUGCAGUUCAAAUGCCAAACUGCAUCAUCUUACUCAUCUUCCAAAAAUGGUUAGAUUAAAUCUAACAACACUCUGGAAUAGAAAUGGUUACUUACAAGAUAUGGAAGAUGUUCUUUUUGCAAUCUCUCAAGAUCCAAAUUGUGAAGAUUUUGUUUUAAAAGCUAUCAGAGAAAUUGUUUGGAAAUAUAGUUGGAAGCAGAGCUUAAAAGGAUUAUUAACUGCAGGUUUGUUGAAAUCCACGAAAUAUAGUGCACAGAAAAUAAUGAAAAUGGUGUCAGGAUCCAGAAAUCCUAAUUCAUACUCUACUAAUAUUGAAUGAAUGAAUUAUUGUUAAAUUACUUCAAAUAUUUUGCCCCUUUGACUAUAUCUUUUAAAAUGUGUCAAUUUUCUCUGAUCAAAAAAAAAAAAAGGAAUCUAGCUUGAUAAAUUUAGUAAGUACAAGGAAAUGUGAAAUAUCUUUACUAAUUUUGUGUGGAAAUAUAUAAAUUCUUAUUGAAAGAAAAAGAAUGAAAGAAGAGAUAAUGUAAUUCAAGAAAAAUAUCUUGAAGUUAAUUUUUCAAAUAUAAGGCAAGUAUUAAAAUAGAAAUUGACUGACAUAAAUAAUGCCUUAACAAUUUACAGUUUGAUAUAAAUUAAUCAUGUAAAUUUAAAGUCUUAGGAAAAUAUGUACAGAUGUAAAUAGUAAUAACUUUUUAAAAUCAAAUGUAAUUACAUUUUUAAAAUAAUUUAUAUUAAAA